CAUCAAAAUGUCUAGAACAUUUUUUCUAGCCAAGUUAACAAUUAAUUGAUGUAGAAAUCUGCCUGAAAAUUGAGGAAAAAUUUUUUUUAGUCAACUUUUGAAGUGAAGCUGCAUUAUAACUCGGGUAGUAAAUUUACGUCGAAUUUUAUACAAAAGUUGGAAACAAAUUGUCGUCAAAAAUGGAAAAGUCCAAAGUUGACGGACAUUUCACAAAAAAUUCAAGGAAACUUUUGCGAAAGCAAACUGUACUACUAGGGUAUGGGGAAGACUAAUCUCUAUACUUAUAACUAUCAUACGAUCGUGUCUCAAUCCCGACAAAUUCCGACUUUAGUCGAUAGUUGGAAACUUUAAUAAUACUGGUAAUUUUAAAAUCCUCCAUAACUGUACAGAUGAAAACAAUUUCUCAAAUAAAAAAAACAUUUAUACAAAGUAAAAAUUUAAAAACCAAUUUUUGUUUUCCAAGACUAAGUGCGAGUGUUCAAAUGAGAAGAACAUCUAUAACAUUAUUUCAAAACUGAUAAUUCUUGACUAGUUUCCAACAUAACCUCACGAUGAGUACAAAAACUAAUAGUGGAGGGGAAAUCGAUCCUGUACAAGAAGAAUUAGUUGGUAGAAUUCGUGAAGUAGGAAAUCAAGCAAUUUGGAGUCUGUCAAGUUGCAAACCCGGUUUCGGAGUUGAUCAAUUACGAGAUAAUAUCACUGAGACUUACUGGCAAUCGGAUGGUCAAUUACCACAUCUUAUAAAUAUUCAGUUUAGAAAAAAAACUACCAUCAAAGACAUUUGUAUAUACACCGAUUAUAAAUUAGAUGAAAGUUAUACACCAAGCCGAAUUAGUGUCAGAGCUGGAACAAACUUCAAUGAUUUACAAGAGGUUGAAAUAAUGGAUUUGAAUGAACCUAGUGGAUGGAUAGUCAUACCAAUAAAAGAUAUAAAUGAUCGUCCAAUACGCACUUUUAUGAUUCAGAUUGCAGUCAUCAGCAAUCAUCAAAAUGGAAGGGAUACACAUAUGAGACAAAUCAAAAUUCAUAGUCCGGCACAAGAUAUUUUAAGGCCUUCUUUAUAUUUUCCUGAAAAGUUUGUUACUAAUGAAUUUAAAUAUUUUUCAGUAAUUAGAUAAAUAUAUAUAAUUUUCAGAUA